AUGCCUUUUCCUGGUGCUCCUGUGGGAUCGCUGCUGGCCUCCGGCACAGGCUUUGCCCUCCGAAGUGAAGUUGCCCUCUUAGUGAUCUGUCCUGCCGCUUGCUACAGACAGGACUUGGGCUCUUCACGGCGUUUCAGAGGCAGCUCUGCUGCUCUCCAAGGCACGCUGUGGCAGCAGCGACAGAAACAGGGGAAGCGGGAGAUUAAAUAUAAACCUUGGUCCCCGUACUACCAGUUCACAGCUUUCUUUCACAUAUCUCUUGCAGCUUCUCAGCCAUUCAAAAACGACAGAAAGCCUACGAAUUUUGAUAAAAAGGUGUUAGUAUGGGCAGGACGCUUUAAAAGGGAGGAGGAGAUUCCAGCCCUCAUAUCGUCCGAGGUCCUCGAUGCUGCGAGGAACAGAGUGAGGAUAAAAGUUUGUUACGUCAUGAUUGCGCUGACCUUGCUGGGCUGUUUGGCCAUGGUAGUCUCAGGCAAAGAAGCUGCUAAAAGGGAUCACACGCUGCUGAGAAUGAAUAUAGAAAAGAAGGCCAAAUGGAGGGCUGAAGCAGAGAAAGAUCAGGAGGCAGCUGUUGAGACGCCACAAUGAUCAAGAACAGAUUUAUUUUAACAGCAGGAGAUAAGUGUGUUGCACAUGCGGCAUAUGUACCUGUCUUCAUUUAACUCUUUGGAUCUUUCUCCCACAACUUUCUCAGGGCAAAGACUUCAUUGCUUAAAAAUUGCCCCAUAUGAACUGUGAAAUUCCUACGGAAAUUCCAGCAAAUGCUUUCUGUGGCCUCUGGUCUUUGCCACUGCAUUCAGCUGAAAUACAGAAAUCUUGUCUCCUAACUGGAAAUUGGGAUGGGUGCAGGACCCCCCAGAUCAGGAUCGGCUCUGUAUGGUGCCACUGACGCUCCGUGUGGCCACCAAUGUGUCCUCUCCAAGCCAGGAAAGGUGUGGCCCUGCAUCAGGGAGCACCCGAGUCCACGAAAUUCCUCUAACGACAGCAGACUUGGCCGAAGUGACUGUGAUUUUAAAACAUAAUUCAGAACUCUUUUU